AUGGCCUCAACUCAAGAAGGAUCUCAGGGACCCAUACAUGCCUCUGGUAUCACAGCCGAUAAGGGGAUGAUGAGGCCUACCUGUUUUAUCUGCCAGCAGAGCUUUGGGCGGCGCAACGAGCUAACGAGGCAUGCACGGGUGUACAGGGCUACAUUAUCAGUCCCGUUCCAGUGUUCCGAGUGCAAGCGCCGCGGUCUAAUGCCACCUACUACGCAGAUACCAGCUCAGUGGAGCAAUCAUGUGGAAAGAGUCCACAGCAAACAGCAUACCCUCAACUUCCUCAAGCACCUCGCCGUCUCGAUUCCGAAGGCCAGCAUUUUCAACGAAAUUAUAUACGCUAUCUGCAACAGCCGAGUUCCUAUUCACAGCUUUAUGCAUCAUAUCAAUGCGAAGCACAUCGACGGCUCCCUUAACGAUCAGUGCAAAAUUGUUACUUGCUCAGCAUGCCCCACUCGUGGUAGAAAGCAUGAUCGAAGCAGCUCCACACCUGAAGUUGAAUUUGCUUCUCAACCCAUGAAACGUGCAGCUGUAGAGGCGCUUCUGGAUGUUCGACUCCAGACCCACAAGAAUGAGAUGGCUGUACUUUACAGGAAACUCGAGGAGAAUGUUUCGGAGUUGCUUAAUAGGCACAAGUGUGAAGUCGCGGAGAUGCUAGCUGCUCAGAAGACUGAGUUUGCUGAGAAGCUGGCCUCCUCGGAAGAUCGUGUCAGAAAUGAUGUGGUAGAUGGACUUGAGGAUUUGGUGGAUGAGAAAAUCUUGGCUGAGCAGGAGGAAGUAGAACUUGCAGUGCUGGACCGCCUUAGCAAAUGGCCAGAACCAAAUAGUGGUGCGGAGGAAGGAGACGUGGAUUCUAGCGGUAUGCCCUCGGCAUUGCGGAUGAUUUUGAAGAGAUGUCGAUCCACUGCGCUGGUCUCACGAUCAAGAAUUGAGUUUCCUAACCACGCAAGGACACCCAAUCAAUAUAUUGAGAACCUACGGGCCUUUGUCAAGAAGUGCCGGGAAGCAGCUGAGAAAAGCGCCUUCUGGCAUCGAGGCGCUCAGCUUGAACAGCGAACCAGCAACUUGAGCACCCAGUGA